AUGGCUACAAGUACUACGACUACGAAAAAGAAGAAAUUAGUAUAUAAGCAGGACUCUGAUGGAGUUUUUAGAUUGAAGAAAGUGGAUAAGGAUAAGGAUAAUGCAUCGAUCACAUCAUCAGAGUAUUCUCUGGAGAAGAAGAAAGUAGAUGACUACAUUAACGAACUUGUAGAUUGUUCAUAUAGAGUGGUCGAGGAACCCAGUCUCACGACUUCCCAAAUAGGCAAUGUCAAUAAUAAUAACAGUAAAACUUCUUCUAAGUCACGAAAACAAUCUACAGCAUCAUCAGAGACAUCAACAAAAUCAGUUUCAUCUUCGGUAUCAACUUCACUGUCAACACCACCAACAAGUCCAGCAACUGUAACAUCUCCAACCGUUGAAGCUACGACAGGCUUACUGUAUUUCACGAAUAAAUUUACACAUAUAAUGCAACAAGCAAGAGAUUCGACCAGUACCGAAAUCAUAAAAUUUCAUCCCCAAAGCUUUGUUUUAGGAAGUAUAUUUGCCAUAUUAGUCUACAGAUGUCAAUCUACACUAUUAGAAUAUGCAUUAGUUCUUGGUAAUUUAUUAAAAUUAGGAUUGAUAUGUGCUAUAGUGUUAGGUGGUUUAAGCUUUUAUCUUGGAUUAUUUAAAUCGGCCGAUUUCAGUGAACUAUUUCAACAAUUAAAACUGAAAGCAUUGGGUAAUCCAACUCUGGUACCGACACCACAAUCUCAAACUGAAGAAGAGGACAGUAAUGAAAAUGAAGAUGACUCUGAGAUGAACAGUAUUAAUCCACAACCUAGUCAACCACCUAGUCCACCUCCAGAAAGAAAGAAUAGAAGAUUAUCAUCUAUCAGAGUGCAACCAUUCAGACCCACACCUCGUCUCAGUCUUGCCGAUAAUAGACAACAUAGUUCUCCAGACUUAAGUAAACAACCUUCACGCCCCAAACUCUAUCAAGUUCAUACCAUGGAUCCAAAAUUAGCAGGAGGCAAUUCUAAACGAAAUGGAUCUCCUACCAGAAUUGAUAGAAGAAGUCGACAUGGCUCAUUAGAUUCAAUAUCUAAAAAAUUACCCAUUGUUCCUCAUGAUGCACAAUUUCAUGGUCAUCAAGAUUCAUUAGAUUUACCUUUUAUAAAUGAAGUAGUAUUAUUAGACUCAUUAGAUGAUGAUGUAUCUCCCACCAAUUCAUCUGCCAUGCAUAAAAUUCCUUCACCAAUUCUUACUGAUCAAGAUUAUAGUAACAUAAAGAGACUGAUGACCACAAAAAGUAACCAAUCAAUUUUAAAGACCACCGCAAAUUAUCAUAAAUUUGUAGAUAAUGCCAAUUAA